AUGAGUGGUCCUAACGGCAUGCUGUACGGUGGUGAUGAAAUAGGUGCAUUAGUGUUUGAUCCCGGGCAUCAUUCUUUGCGCGUUGGUUAUGCUCAAGAAGACACUCCAAAAGCAGAUAUCCCUGCUGUAAUCGGCGUUGGUCCCUCAACUCACAUUCCAGAUGCCGAAGAAAAGGUUCCGGAUGGAAAUAUCACUCAAAGUGGUGCCAAAACAGGUAAUGAACUCCGCCAUUACAUAGAUGUCACAGAAAUCCAUGUUCCAAGACCAGGGAUGGAGAUACAGACAUAUAUGAAGGAUGGACAAGUUGACAAUUGGGAUUUGUUUGAGAAAAUGUUGGACUAUUGUUAUGCUAAGGUCAUUCGCUCUCCGUCUGAACAUCACCCAGCUCUGUUUACGGAAGCCGUGUGGACUUCUAGACCAGCGAGAGAGAAGCUGGCAGAAUUGCUUUUCGAGAAGUACCAGGCUCCAGCAUUUUUCCUUGUGAAGAAUGCAGUACUUGCUGCAUUUGCAAACGGGAAAUCCACAGCUUUAGUACUGGAUGCAGGAGCUAGCCAAACAUCUGCUGUUCCUGUUAUUGAUGGUUAUGCAAUUGUGAGUGCAGCGGUGCGUUCACCCCUCGGCGGUGACCACCUUGUAGCCCAAGCCAAGAAUAUGCUCAACAAUCUGCACAUACAAAUGCUGCCUAUAUACAGUAUACAGAGCAAAGAAGUUAUCAGGGAACGUGAAAGGGCCAAGUACACCCUCAAAAACCUCCCUGCUGGUCUCACGCAGUCCUGGCAACAGUAUAUGCUGAAGAAGCAGUACGAAGACUUCUGUCAUUGUGUCGCUCAAGUGUCGGAGAGUCCGUACGACGAGCGCACCGUCGCCUCGGUGCCGGGCGUGCACUACGAGUUCCCGGGCGGCUAUCACCAGGACUUCGGCCCGGAGCGGUUCAAGCUGACAGAGUGCCUCUUCGAGCAGAACCUCGGCGCGCCGCACCUGGUGUGCUCCGCGGCGGCGGCGUGCGACGCGGACGCGCGGCCCGCGCUGUGGGGCGCGGUGGUCGCGUGCGGCGGCGUGGCCAACCUGGGCGGCUGGCUGGAGCGCGUCGGCCGCGAGCUCGCGUCGCGCGCGCCCUCCUCGCACCGGCUCAAGACGCACGCGGCGCCCUCGCCGCCGGAGAGGCGCUUCGCCGCCUGGCUCGGUGGUUCAAUCCUGGCUUCGAUAGGUUCGUUCCAGCAGAUGUGGAUAUCAUCCCAGGAGUAUGACGAGGGAGGCAAGGGUCAACUGGAGAGGAAGUGUCCA